AUGGGAAGAGGUAUCUUGAUUAAUAAAUUAAAAUAAAAAUUUUUAACUGUUAACAAAAGUAAGCGCACACAAAUUUAAUUUUUUAGACAUGGCAUUUUUCUUUAUUUUGAUAUAUUAAUCUUACGAAUUGCUUAUUUGAUAUAAAAUGAAUAUAAAUUUGAUUAAGUUGGGAUAGAUUGGUUGAGAAGAGUUAAUUUAUAAAUUAAUAAGGGCGAAAUUCAGUGCUAUAAAAAGAUUGAGUGUGAAAUAAGAUAAACAAAUUUUUUUCGAAAAAAAAUCUUUUGGGAAAAGAAUAAUCAAAUAAUCCAGAUAAUUAAAAGUACUUAAUAACUAACUACUUUAUAAACUCAAUUGUUUCUUUUGAAUAAUUCCUUCUAUCAAUCAAUUAUUAACAAUAAUCUGAUUAGUCAAAAUUUAUAAUUAAUUCACUACUUUCUUUCUUAAGGUACUUGA